ACUUAAGAACGGUUCACAGUGGUGAAUCAUAAGUAUUUGCUGCAUCUACUCUAGGAUUAGGGUUCUUCCCAACUGGCAUGGCACGUGGCGCCGUUAUCGCCAUCUUGACUGUGACUGGGAGCGGUCCCAAGACGACCAAGAGUAGGUGACUUGUUCUCCUAAUCGCUCUUUACAUUCCCGCUUGAGUCCAGCUAGGCGGGUCCAGAUGUGGUGGAUUCUCAGCCACGAGGGCCUGCAGGACAAGGAACGCCACAUGCUUCACCCAAUAUGCUUUUCACUGUAAAGAAAUAUCAAAAAGCGGUCUGGUUACCACCUUGGAUUCAUUAGAAUGUUUGGCAUAGAGCUGCACCCGAAAGGCUCUGUUUUGGGUUUUAGUCUCAAUAAACUCCACUGGCACAACGGCGUCUCCAAACUGAAAUGGCACUUGAAUUUCUCGUAGAAUCAAUUCGUUGAGAUUCUACCAUCAGAGAGUGUUGCAAUGUGGACUCCGGAAGUUCAUGAUGAUGGUGCUUGGUUUUACACACCCAGUUGAAUUAUGAGAAGCAUAAAAUUCUGACAUUAGUAGUGGGUCGUGAUCGUUCAUUUUCCAUGCAACUCGGAUGGUUUCGUUUUCAUUUUUAUUUAGGCUUAAAAAAACUCUUUCCCUUCGCAAGUGACUGUCCAAGAAAACGGCAGAGAAGGAAUCCAAGUGGUACCAAUCAAAAGGAAGAUUCAGUAACUAGUAUAUGUCCAGAUGCUGUCCACAGUGUUACAAACAGAAUCUUCUUCCUCCAUGAACAAGAUUGGUAUUGCGAGCCCUGUGAUGUGAAGCAGUUUCAUGAGUGGCUCCAAUAAUUUGGCGAACAAGCAUCGAGGAACGUUUUGGUUGAAGCGUGGGGAUCCUUUUCACUACAAACACCGUCCUCUCAUCAUCCACCACAUUCAUUCAGCAACCGCAUGAACUUUGGGACAAUCUCCGCUUCGCUAGUUUCUCUGUUGCGGCAUAAGAAAGGCCACGGCCGUCGCAUUUCUUUUCAAUUACUAUCCCUCCACAAACCUCCAAAACCGUCGCGAAAUCUUCCCCUCACUAGAAUCCCAUCCCUGUACUAAACGUCCCAUCUCGCAACUGGGUUUUGUCUUUUUUUUUCUUUCAAUAUUGCUUCUGCAAGCUAGUUGCACCAAUUGACCGAGUUUGUCUCAGCGACGAUUGAUGCGGUGUGUUGUUCUAUGUCGGUGGAGCACCGCCGCUUUUCAUAUCCUCCCGUCAGAGCUCAAGAGAAGUUCGGAUACUUUGGAGUUGCCAGUUUUAUGAUUGCCUGGGGUUAUAUCAAUUGCCACCCUUGCGUUCGCCUUUGUUUUUCAGGUGUCCGAUCGGACUUAGCAUUUCGAGGCAGAAUCAAUGCACAGAGCGGCAUUCUGUGCCUAGUCCCUGCAGAAGAUUUCAAGCAGGCGGCAGGAAUUCAAUGGAUUUAUCAAGAAGUAGGAGAACAUUCCCACGGACAGAGAUACAUAGAAGAGCUUCAUCAGGAUUGUAAGAAGGUAGUUGAGUUGCAAUAGAGGCGGGUUUGAAUGGCUGUGAAGCUUUUCGGCAGUGGCACCGCUCUGCUCCACUCGCUGAGGUCUGGCUCUAACAAUAAGCAUCAGCUGCAGCUGCAACCUCAAUCCAUACCUUCCUCGCAUGGCGUGUGGGCCCGUCUCAAAAGGGCUAGAGGGCUUUGGUUACCUGGGAAUAUCACCAAGGAAAGGCAGGAUUUUUUUAGUGGGAUAGCAGGGUUAGCAGCAUCGCUCACACUGUCGAGAUCCAUUGUACCGAACCGGAAUUCAUUGCAAGUCUCGUGUGCAUUGUCUCCAUUCGAGCUUGAUGAUGUGGAUUUACGGCGGGAGACAGGUGAUGGAUGGAGUAGUAGUAAUUGUACCACCACCAAGCAAGUACCUAAAUCGGUACAGCACAGAACAACAUGCAACUUCCAAAAAUUCAAUGGGACAUCGCUGAGGACGCCGACCCCCGCUCAGAAUUUCGCCUCAGCUAGGCGUAGAAAACCUGGAGAGCAUGAUGAGUCCGUCUCCCGUCAAACGCUCCUUCGAUGCAUGUCGCAGCCCCGUGACACACCCCCUAAAAGAGACACAGGGAUUGCAAGUGAGAAGGAUUGGGGGAUUAACUUGAACAAAGAGAUCAAGAGUGAGUCAGGGGUCAAUGAAGACGGAAGCACCUGGUACAAUGAAUCUGGUGUGGAUUUCGGUGAGAAUGGUUACCGGUGUCGCUGGACCGUCAUGGGGGGUCGUAGCGGAGAUGGCUCCUCAGAGUGGAAGGAAGCUUGGUGGGAGAAAAGCGAUUGGACAGGGUACAAGGAACUCGGUGCUGAAAAGACAGGUAAGAACGCUCAAGGAGACACUUGGUGGGAGACUUGGCAAGAGGUGUUAAGAGUUGAUGAAUUGAGUAAUCUGGCCAGAAUUGAGAAAAGUGCUCAAAAGCAAGCCAAGUCUGGGACCGGAUCGGCUGGUUGGUUUGAAAAGUGGUGGGAAAAAUACAACGCAAAGGGUUGGUCAGAGAAAGGAGCUCAUAAGUAUGGACGCUUGAACGACCAAGGAUGGUGGGAGAAAUGGGAGGAGCAAUAUGAUGGCCGAGGCGCUGUACUGAAAUGGACGGACAAGUGGGCAGAGAACGGCACGGGUACGAAAUGGGGUGAUAAGUGGGAAGAGAAAUUCAACCAUGGUGUUGGAACAAGACAAGGCGAAACAUGGCAUAACGACGAUAAAGCAUUCUCUUCGCAAUGUGGCUUUGUAGGGUAUUCGUUCUGCGAGCUUAUCUUCACAGUUGGUCGAGAACAUGGGGAGAGGAGCAUUUUGGAAACGGGAAAGUGCACAAGUAUGGAAGGAGUACCAGCGGCGAGAACUGGGAUAAUAUUGUUGAGGAGGGCACUUAUUACCAGGCUGAGCCUCAUUACGGAUGGGCCGACGCUAUAGGCAACUCAGAACAACUAUUGAACAUAGAACCUUUAGAACGACCUUCUGGGGCCUUCCCUAGUGUUGAACCCGCUCCUAAAGACCCUCAACAGGAGGCCAUAAAGGAUGAAUUGGGACGCAACAUCCAAGAACCGCAGGAGCAACAACCAAAGUCAGAGCCAGGAAUGGAUGAGGACCAACCCAGCCAAGAUUGAAUGGGAAUGCCCCGACCAUGCAUUCUUAACUCUUAUCGGCUUGCGGGAUGUAGGAAUAGAGGAUUUGCCCAUGAAUUAGAGUAGGCCAUUGUUUUGUUUUGCUUUUUCUUUUUAUACAUCAUCUCGACUGAUUUUUCUUA